GGUUCAUUUAGUUGAUAGAAAGAUGUCGAUGCGAGACAGCACAGGAACAACCACUGCAAAACUCAAUCCUAUCUUUACUCCGAGCUGAAAAUAUCUCUUCUCAAUUGUCAGCCAAGCUGAACUUCACCUUCAACUCCAUGCUAAAAAUGAGACAAGGUCCAUACCAGUUUGUAUUUUACCCCCUUUUGGUGCUUCUACUACUCCUUCAGCUUUUUCACAAUUUUGGUCAUUCAUGUGCUCCAAGAAGCGGUUACAAUAGACGGAAACCGACGAAACCUCUAUAUCUUAAGCAGCGUGUGCCAGAUACUGAAGAAUUUUCUCUCGAUGCGAGUGGAAGUGCGAAAGGAAAAAUCACUCGAAAUUCUUCCAAGUUCAAUACUCAGCUUGUCAGUUGCUUUAUAUCGGACAUCGUGUUCAAAGAUGAAGAAGGGACGGGAGCAGACCGCCUCAUGACGAAGAAAUGUCGAGAGAAACUCAAAGACCUUGCUAGAAGAGUGCAGCAAAAGUGGCAUGGGAAGACAAAAUUACGAGUUAUUGAGGCCUGGGAUGAAGAUGGGAGUCAUUCUACUCAUUCACUGCACUACGAAGGCAGGGCGGUAGACAUUACAACAUCUGAUCUCGAUCGGUCAAAAUACCCAGAACUUGGAAGAUUAGCCGUUCAAUCGGGUUUUGAUUGGGUUUACUACGAAUCGCAAACACACAUUCAUGCUUCUGUCCGUGAAGAUGAUGGACGAGGCUGGCGAGGUUGUUUCAACUCCAACGCUUCAGUUCGCCUUGAAAAUGGCUCGCACAUCCCGAUCAAGGAUGUCAAAGUUGGACAAAAAGUGCAAGGAAUUGAUGACAGUGGAGAAAUAACUUACAGUGAGGUGCUAAUGUUUCUUGAUUUUAACCCAUGGCUUCGCCAGGUACCGUUCAUUAUAAUAGAAACGGAGUCUCCCUACAAGAGACUGACCAUGACGAAAAAUCACCUGAUAUUCUACAAAGACAAUAAUGUGAAAAGUAGUAAAGUCAAAGCAAAAAUUGCAGGGCUUGUGAAACAGGGAGAUUACGUCCUGGUGCAAUAUAGGGAAGGGGCUGUGCUCUCACGAGUCAGGUCUGUUAGUACCGGGAACAGGGAUGGAAUGAUUGCUCCCUUGACUCAACAUGGUAAUCUGUUUGUAGACGAUGUUCUUGUAUCGUGCUAUUCAGAUGUUAAGGAUCAUGAGCUCGCCCAUACGGCAUUCAGCCCCGUGCGACUUGUCCGGCGUUUUGCACCAAGCUUAUUCAAAAACAUGGACAAUUCAGAUACCCAGAAAGGAAUGCACUGGUUUCCUUCGCUUUUAAUUUCUUUAAAUAACAUUCUUGGCAUUGCAGAAUAUGCAUAAUUAGGCCAAAAAGUGUGGUAACUUAUUUGCGUGGCUCUUUCAAAGUAAUUGUAUAUUUGCUAAGUGAGCCUAUACUGCAAAGCGAAUUCAGUAGGUGGAUCAAAUAAGAUAGCAACAGGCUAUAAUUAGAAAACAAACGUUUGAAAACUAGUUCGAAAUGAAAAAAAAGCAAGGUCUUAAAGCUAAUCAUUAGUGAAUGAGACACUUGAAAUAUUCGCUACUGAUGUAGAUCAUGUAGUUCCAAUACUGGGAAGUUCUAGGCCGUAUUUGUAAAGAAGAUUCUAAAAUUUGUGUGAGGCCUUUGAUCUGAGCGGAAAGAUGGGAUACGAGCAGAGUGGGAUGGUAUUUGUGCAACUCUAUCUCUAUUUUUCUUCUUUGGAAAUCUAAUAGUGAUUUCCUAGUAGAUGACUAUUCUAUUUUGAAUCAAUUGACAAAGUUCAAUAUGUUCUGAGUUUUGUGUGGGCGGGACGGUUCCUAAAGUUCCGGGCUUUAGGUAAGGCCAGUCACCAGUCCUAAAAGCCAAGCUUAGUUAGCUUUAUUUAAGUGUGGAAUGAAAUAUUGUAGCUUAAUGUAUAAAUUUCCAUGUACGUGUACAUAAAGAUAUGAAUUCAAAUAACUUAUAUGAAAUAGUAGCCCCAGUGAGAAAAGUCACAAGACUUUUGGUUCUGUAAGCCAUAAAAAUGCAUAUUCAAAGAUGUUCUCGAUGUUUUCAUAGGAAAAGUAUUAUUUCUAGCAUUUACAGGUCAUGGCUUUGUCAGCACAUUUUUCAAGAUUUUGCUUGAACGUAAAUUCAAAUCCACUUAGAGUUUAUCUAAGUUUGGAUCGUUGAAUCGAGUGUCCAUAAGAUAAAAAGAUAAAACGCUUAGAAUAAUUUGUUAAAGUCUCCAUACCAAACCAUUGAUCCUUAAACUAAGUUUAUUUUGCAUAAUUGAGAGUUCAAAAGCUCAUCAUUUGCGAAAUUCCCAUAGAAAAUUUAUCCUUCUAGCGCCAGAAUCUCUGCAAGAACAAUGAUCAGGAAGUAGCUCUAUUUACUGAGUUCAAAUCUGUCAUUCUCUACUGAGACGACAGACUUCUACGUACAAGCCUACACUAUCUUGCCUGGCUAGAAAGGAAUUCGACAAAAUAUUACAACAAGUAGAUUUAUAAUUUAUAAUUUUUCACUUUUAUUUUAACGUCAAGAGAUUGUUAUUGUACCUAACUUUGAAAGUUUUAGGUCAUGGCCGCGUUUCUCGACGUCCCAAUAUAUUGAAGAAAACCUUUUCUAAACAUGAUGACAAAAUGAUUAUAAAGAUAAUAUAUUCAGACUUGUUCUUGAGGUUUGGAUGCCCCAUAUGUCUGGUCGGGCUUCCUUUGAAUGUAAAACUAUGUUUACAACCCUCAAAUUAAUUUACUCUAGAAUCAAGAGAGGGGAAUUCAUUUGAUUCAUUUAUUAAGAGUAGAAAAUUAUUUUUUGUAAAUGUGUUUGAGUGCUGGCACCAGAAUUUGUAAAAACAUUUCAAUAAAAAACCAUUAGCUCGCG